AUGCUCAAGAGUAGUAAAGCAAGCAAGCCAGCAAGAAAACCCGGCGGUGGAGCCGCUCUCAUGCAACAGAUGGGUUUUCAAGUACCGAAUUUCGAUGAAUCAGGUAUGGGCGGUGGUGAUGACGAUGAUGAUGAUGAUCUUGAAGCUGAAUUACAAAAAUUACAACAAGGUGACAUGGUCAAUCCGAAAUCAAGAGGAUCAAAGUCAAAUCAACGACAAUUAGGUGGAAUGGCACAAGACCUUCAAUCAUUUCAUAAUGAUGUAAAUAAACUUCUCCGUGAUAUCGAUCGACCUAUAAACGAUGAUGAAUUAUCUGACGUUGACGAUGAAGAUUUGCUUGCUGAAUUAAAUGAAAUUACAGAUGAUAUUCAGAACGAAAGACAUGAUAAUCAAAAAUCUCAAUCACAAACACCAUCUAGUGGUAAUAUGGUGUCUUUACUCGUAGGACGUCAAGAAAUGUAUGUCAAAGCUGUAGCAGGGGCAAAAUCAGCUGGCGAUGCUGCAAAAGCGAGACGUCUAGAUCGACAACUUAAAACUAUUCAAGAAUUACUUCAAUCAGCUCGAACUGGUGCACCGAUUAAUGAAAAAGAUAUCCCGCCUGAAGUUUUCAUUAGCACGCAAACGACAUCCGUACCGCAGCAAAUGCCCGUACGAGCUCCGUCUCCUCCUCCACAACUACCUGCAUCACGUCUACGUGCUGUACCUGUUGCACAACCGACACCAGCACCUCCAGUAUCGGCUCGAGCCACUGAUAAAUCAGCCGCUUUUAAACCACAACCACAAUCUAAUUUUACUGAUACAGAUCCAGCAGUUGCACGACUCAAAUCGUUAGCUUUGCAAGCAAAACAACAAGGGGAUAUGGCUAAAGCAAAAGAAUAUAUUGUUCAACUAAGGGCAUUACAAAGUAAAGCAGCACCUACUGCUUCUUCUUCUACUACUACUACUACUGCACAGAAAGAAACGUAUGAUAAUGUAGCAGAAGAUGAUGGUCCGCCACCAAGUCUUCCGCUAAAAGCACCUGAACCGCGCACUAUCAUGGAAGCAUUACAACAACGACACGAAGAAUUAGCUAAACGAGGUGAAGAAGCGGCUAGAACUGGAGAUAAUUCCAAAGCAAGACGAAUGGAACGACUAUCAAAACAAUAUGAAGAAGCUAUCGAUGCUACACGUAAAGGUCGUCCAUACAACUACACUGAAUUACCCGAUCUGCCUGGUUUCGCACCGAUUCCUGUUCAACAAGGUACACCUCAACCAACUGCAUCGGUCUCUUCUGCUGCUGCAACAACCGCUAGACCAGCAUCAUCAAAUACACAAGUACGAUUAGGUUCAGUUGCAUCAUCGAAUACUGCAAUCAGCGCAAGAAAAAGUCAACAAGCCAUAAAACUUCGUUUAAAACAAGAAAAAUUUCAAAAACUCGCUCUAAAAGCGAAACAAAGCGGUGAUAUUGAAACCGCUAAAAAAUUUUUAGUGGCUUGCAGAGGACUUGAACCAAUGAUUGAAGCUGCGGAUGCUGGUUUGCCAGUGGAUAUGAGUCAAGUACCGAAAUUACCUGGCGAAGAUGCUAAUGACAUGAUAGACGAUGAUGAUUUAACACAAGAUUUAGCUCAUGCAGAUCGUGAUACAAUUUAUCGCCGUUUGCAAGAAGAUCUUCUUCAGCAAAUUCAAUUGUGUGCACGCAACCAACAAAUCUAUGCACAAAUGGAAGGAGCGAACAGCUUAAAACAUUCGAGUGAAUAUAAAAUUCUCGAACAACGUUGUGCAGGUGAUUUAGACAAAUUAAGACAUUGCUUUCAACAUGGUAUAAAACCACCAUUGUUUCACUAUGAAAGAAGGCAGAUGAAUGUCAUACAGGCUAAUAAUGAUUUGGGAGAUAAUGAUCUUGAGGUCACAAUUCUUCGUGGUAUUAAUUUACCUGUUCCGACAGGUUUUUCAUCAGCAACACUUGAAACUUAUGUAAUGAUUGAAUUUCCUUAUCCAACUGAAACUCCGCAAACGGGUCGAACUCGUCACACAGUCGGUUCGAUUAAUGCUGAAUAUCCUGAAUCAGAACAUAAAUUUUAUAUUAAACGAAACGAUGCUAAAUUUAGACGUUUAAUGAGUCGAAAAGAAUUAAAACUAGCUGUUUUUUAUAAGCCAGGCUUUCUCCGAUCGGAUCGUCCAUUGGGUACAGCAUCAAUUAAAUUAGCUGCAUUAGAACAAACAUGCACAAUACAUGAAUCAGUUGAUUUAUUCGAAAGUGAACAUAAGAAAAAAAUUGAAGGAAAAUUAGAAAUUAAGCUACGUAUCAAAGAAGCAUUAGGACAAACAAAAGCAUCUGAUAUUUUACCACAGCGAUGGCUUGUUAUUGAUCGUUUUGAAGAAUCCUCUCGCACUGCGAAACCGCCAGCAUCGAAAUCACCAGGAACCACUGCACCAGCCAUUACUGCUAUUGCUUGUCUUAAAACCACAGGCGAAGCAUUAGGACAAUUGGCCAUAAAUAUGGCCAAGAGUAAUAAUAAUAGUGAUGAUGCAGUAGGUAGCAGUCAAGCAGUGCCAGUUGAAUUGACUGAUCGUCAACGUCGACGAGCUCAUCAACAUAACCAACGACCGGCAACAACAACAUAUCCACAAAGUGUUCAAGUACUAAAUUAUGAAGCAUCAUUGAUUCAACAACAAAUUGAACAAUUACAAGAUCGUCUUACACAUGAGCAAAUUCAUCAAUUAAAAAUGAGACGUAGAGAUAUCGAAGAACAAAGUGAUCGAUUAGUGGAUUCGUUACGGAUGGGAGGAAGACAAGCUGUACAAGAGCAUGUAAGAAAUCUUGAAGAAUUAAAUGAUUAUUACGAUCAAGAAGCUCGUGAAAAUCAUCAACGACGUGAGACAAAAAAAGCUGAUAUUUCGCUCACAAAAAAGAAACUUGUUAUGAAAGAAAUUGAAACACUUACCGGGCAACCGGCAUCGACAAGAUUUUGA